CUAGCCAGCGACCGAGUCCUGGGCUGGGAAGGCGCGGUACAGGAGAGGACGCGGGAGCAUAUACGUACUAGUGACCCAAGGCUUUGAGGACAGCGGGAUGAAGCUGCCUGGCCUUUUGGAGGAAGGCGAUAAAGGAGAGCUACUCCCUUCACCCCGAUUUGCUUUCUGGUGGGAGCUCGCGACGGCUGUCCCCUGGGCGGUGCUCUCCUAGGCUAGACUACCAGGGCAGUGUCACCGCACCCUCCAGUGGUGAGCGCAGGCAGGCGAAAGGAGGGGUGCCCCGAGCUAGCGCGCCAGUCAGGGCACGGGCCCCGCCACACCCCUUCCACCCUGCGGCAGCUGAAGCCAAGCCUGGUAAUGACAGAGGAGCUUCUCUGAGGAAGAAAAUGAGCAGCUGCUUGGGACAUCCUAAGGCACCUGCAGGUGUGCAACUUUGCCAGACGCUAAGGAGCGCUUCCCGCUGGAAGCAGCCACUCCCCGCCCACCACACCGCAGCCCAAGCUGCGUGGGCCGGAACGGGCAGCUAGGAACCCGCCAGCUGCGGGAAACCAGCCAGCCCCUGGAGCGCAGAGAUCGUGGGGAGCGCGCACCUGUGCGCAGAGGGCCCGCCGGGCACGCAGGCUUCCAACCCCACCUCGCAGGUCCGGCAGUCGGAGCCCGGCCGGUCCCCGCAGCACCUGCUGCGCCCUCAAGCUUUCCCCAUCUCCUGCCUCCCUGCCUAGGAAAACUACACUCUUCCUCUCCCCCUGGCGUCCCUGUCCUCGGGACGUGCGGAGGCUGGAGAAGAGGGUGUUAGGAAGGAGGUGGGAACGUGGAAAGACGGUCGCAGCCUUCCCCGCCCGCCACCCCCACCGCAACUCAACAGCCGUCACGUGGUGCCUGGAGUGGGAGGUGGGGAGAAGAGCCGAGACUUUUUGGGUGCUCCAGAUCGCCAGUAGUUCCUUCAGUCUCAGCCACCAACUCCGGAGACGCCGCGCUUUGCCUGAGAGCGCCAGCAAGAAGAGCGGCGGCCCGCAGCCGGGAUCCCCGGCGCGGGAGAUGCGGGCGCCUUUGGCGGCACCUGCGGCUCCUCUCGGCGGAGGAGGUCGCCUGGGCGGCAGCAGCGCGAGCCCCAACAGCUUCGGCAGCUACAGCCGCUGCGGCCCGGGCAGCCUCCGCCGCGGUUGCCGCCUCUGAGGCGCUUGCCCGCUCCCGGCCCCGCGGCUCCGGGAGGAUGUGGGUCCUCGGCAUCGCAGCAACUUUUUGCGGAUUGUUCUUGCUUCAAGGCUUCGCGCUGCAAAUCCAGUGUUACCAGUGUGAAGAAUUCCAGCUGAACAACGACUGCUCUUCCCCUGAGUUCAUCGUGAAUUGCACUGUGAACGUUCAAGACAUGUGUCAGAAAGAAGUGAUGGAGCAAAGCGCGGGGAUCAUGUACCGGAAGUCAUGUGCAUCCUCGGCAGCCUGCCUCAUCGCCUCGGCAGGGUAUCAGUCGUUCUGCUCCCCAGGGAAACUGAACUCAGUGUGCAUCAGCUGCUGCAACACCCCUCUGUGCAACGGGCCCCGGCCCAAGAAAAGGAGCAGCUCUGCGUCAGCCCUUCGGCCCGGGCUCCCCACCACCAUUCUGCUCCUCAAAUUAGCCCUCUUCUUGGUGCACUGCUGAAGCUAUAGGAGAUGCCAGCCCCUCCUGUAUUGUUCUUCUUGCCCUCGCCCCACCCCCCAACCCCAUCUACAUGAUUCUUCUGGUUGUCCUUUGAUUCUGGGUAGGGAGUCCAUAUUCUCUUUUUUUUUUGUUCCUUUGCAAAUAAUGAAAAAUUUCAGUGUAAAACAUUUUUGUAAGCUCUGAAUAAAUUCAGUCUGACUGAA